AUGGGAAAGAAACAAGUGUGCCCACCUCGUGCCCUCCCUCCAGUGCCUUCUGCAGAUGAAAUUCCACUCAGUCGUCCCAAAAAAAGGAAACCCAAAGGAAAGACUCCAUUAGAUGGCAUUGUCCAAGCAGCAGUUCGUCGACAGUCUGAAAGCAGUGAGCCCCUAACUCCUGAACCUCAGGAUGUUCCUCCUCAGAGGAAACGCAAGAAGAAGAAAGUACCUAUUGAUUCUGAGACCUCUUUUACCCAGCAAAAUGUUGCAUCCCUAUUUCAGAAUGGAAAUGGCAUGGAUGUCCCUGAGACUGAAGAAACAGUGGUCCGCAGACAGAGAAAAAGAACAAAGAAACCUCGGCCAGCUGAAAUGCAUUGUUCCAAUGAGCUGGAAGUGGAGGAGGAAGACAUCAUUGAAGAUGAGCACAGCAGGAGCCCUGAUCAGCAGCCUGUGUUUGCUGCUCCCACUGGAGUUAGCCAGCCUGUGAGCAAAGUGUUUGUUGAAAAAAAUCGGCGUUUUCAGGCAGCUGACCGUGCAGAAUUGAUUAAAACCACUGAAAAUAUCAAUGUACUUAUGGAUGUGAAGGCUUCAUGGACUACCAGAGAUGUUGCCCUCUCAGUGCACCGAAGUUUCAGGGUGAUCGGACUCUUUACCCAUGGUUUCCUUGCUGGCUACGCUGUGUGGAACAUUAUUGUUAUCUACAUUUUGGCAGGAAAUCAGCUUUCCACAGUUUCCAACCUGCUUGAGCAGUAUAAGGCACUAGCAUACCCAGCUCAAAGUUUGUUCUAUUUGUUGCUGUCUAUCAGUACAGUCUCAGCCUUUGACAGGAUUGAUUUGGCAAAAGCAUCAGUUGCACUGAGGGGCUUUCUUACCCUAGACCCAGCAGCAGUAGCCUCUUUCUUGUACUUUGCUGCCCUUAUCUUAUCCUUAAGCCAGCAGAUGACAUGUGACAGAAUUAACCUCUAUACACCACCUUCAGAAAAUGGCAGCAUCUGGACGGCAGGUACAGAGCAAGAAAUUGUUCAGCCGUGGGUUGUGGUGAACCUGGUAGUGUCUAUUCUAGUUGGGACAAGUUGGAUCUUCUUGUCUUACCGACCAGAGCUAGACCACAGUGAAGAACUGAUGUUUCAUGAUGAAAUCAAGGAAUUUCCUCAGGGAGAUAGCUUACCACGAGUCCAGCCAUAAUGCGGAACAAGCACCUGAAAAUGUUGUAGCUGUGACUGAUGGUUCAACAUGUUGUGUAUUAUAGCCAUGUAUUAUAACUUUCA